GUCAAACGGUGGGAAACAAGAAAUUGAGAGAUUUCUUUCAACUCUCCCAUAUUCUGAAGUAUUUUAUUGUAAGGUUUGCCUUAUUUACUUAUCAGUAUAAUGGUGGACUUUAGGCUCUAAGUUGUCUACUAACUUUAACGGCUGGGGUAACAAACUUCAACAAUCACAAUUUAAAAAUCAUUUCCAAUAAUCGUUUCGAGCUGAAUGCAAGCCUUUUCAAUAAUGAAAGCAAUUUUUGCAUUUAGUCUUUUAAUAAUUUCCAUAGUGUUGUUAACGUUACCACAGCAGCAUGAGGAGGAGAAAGAGAAAAUAACCACGCUGGAACGAGUUCAAAAGGCUGGCUACUCCUGUGAAGUCCAUGAUACCAUAACCAAAGAUGGCUAUGUCAUUAGGGUGUUUCGAGUAAAAAAUGCAACUUCAUCCACCACAAAUGAUGAGGAUACCUCCAAAACUGUCCCGCCUCCUGCUGUACUCCUUAACCAUGGCCUUACAAGUACCUCAGACUCUUGGGCCAUUGAGGGCCUCUCAAAUUCAUUGGCCUUUGAGUUGGUCGAUAAGGGCUACGAUGUUUGGCUGGGCAAUACUCGAGGCAACCGAUAUGGCAUAAACCAUUUGAAUAUGUCCUCAAAUGAUGCAGAGUUUUGGAAUUACUCGGUGGAUGAAAUUGCCACAAUAGAUUUGCCUCGAAUCAUUGAUUUUAUUUUGGCUCACACAAAACACUCAUCGCUACAUUAUGUGGGCUAUUCCCAGGGAGGUACAUUGGGCUUUAUUUUACUCUCCAUGCUGCCAGAAUAUAAUCAAAAAUUUACAUCCAUUACCAUGCUGGCGCCCAUUGUAUUUACAAAAGAUUCGAGUGCUCCACUUUGGUAUCUAUCGAGUCUACUGGGUUUCCAUACACCCCUGCAUUCUGCCAUUGGAACCAUAGCACUUUUUCGACCAGCGAUUGUACGCCAACUGCUGGGCUUUGACUUGUGCCGAAAAGGUCAUGUUAGUAAGAAAUAUUGUUCUUUCGUUAUAUUUCGAGCACUUGGAGGAUAUUCUGCUUAUUUUGAUGAGGCCAUUUUGCAAGAUGUCUACAGCUCCCAUCCAUCAACGUGUUCAAUGCAUCAGGUUAUGCAUUUUAUGCAAAUGCAUUACACCAACAAAUUUUGUCAAUACAACUUUGGACCAGAAGGCAACCAAUUGCGCUAUAAUCGAACAACACCACCUGAAUACAACUUAACAAAUAUCAAACCAAAAUUUCCCAUUCAUAUUUUCUACAGUGAUUAUGAUGAGCAUUUAUCGAAAACAGACGCCGAAGGAUUGAUUGGAAUAAUGGGAAAUCGCAGUGUUGGUCAUUUUAUUGAUGUGGAACAUUUUUCCCACAUCGAUUUUAUAUGGGGUUCCAAAACAAGGGAGUAUAUUAACCAGCCUGUAGCGGAGAUAAUGAUGAAUGCAGAAGCUUUUAAACAAAAUAAUGUUUAGGAUUCUGAGGACUGA